UGUAUAAAUACCUGCUCCUGAUACCUGCAUGUCACACCUGUGCACAAUUGUCUGAUGAGCUUGCAGCGAUCAAACACAAAGACAAGAAUGCAGACCACAGCAGUUACUCUCCUGGUCCUUACUGCAGUCCUCUGGGGCAACAUAGAAGCUUUUUCAGACACAGCUGUGGACUGCUGUCUGACUACCAAGGACACUCGCAUUCCAAUACAGAUUGUUGCAUCCUACUUUCACCAAACCACAGAGAGUGGCUGUCCCAUUCCAGCUACUGUAUUCAUUACAAAAAAAGACAAGAAGCUGUGCUCUCCACCAGAGAAAAACUCCUGGAUUUCCAAGAUCAUCACACACUUAGACAAGAAGAAAAACACUCCUCAGUAGGAACACAGAUGGGAGGCGUACAUGAUGACACUCUGCACUGAGCAACACUGAACUACACUGGAAAUGACUACACUUAAUCAGUAACUGUCACAGUGAUUUUUAAAAGACAUUUACAAAGUAAUUUGUGAAUCAUGCAGAUAUAGGGAAUGCAUGAUGGCCGAACUUUGUAAAUGGUAAAAGCAGAUAUGCUAUGUGUAUAUAUUUGACUGUACUGUUUUACUGUAGCAAUUAUGAGUCUCACAUUUGCAUGAAUUAUCCUGUGAGCUGUGACUGUAUUUUUAGCAUACUUUGUGUGACUGUAAUUUUUUAAGAAUGUGAAUAAAUUUGCUUUGUUAAA